GGGCAACUAAGCAUUCCAAUAUAAAAAUCAUACUAGCCUCCUCCUUCGACUUGAUCAGUUCCUAUCAACUUCCUCUUAACUACCUCUAGGUCACAUACAACGGCACACCAUGAGUCUAUUGAAGAUCCCCUUCAUUCUGGUUUCGGCCAUUGGUAUUCAUAUUUCGUUCACUUCUCCUUCCCCGCCACCAUCGUCUAAAGAGAAGGUGGUUCCCUCGUCGUUAGAAUUCUUCGUUGGAUGGCUUUUGAAACUUCGCAGUACGGAGUUACUGAGGGUGGGUUGCUCCUAAACACCGGUCGUUGUCUUUAUUGAUCUGUGGAUAAUAUAACAGAUCAGCGCAUGGGCAGCAUCGUCUGCUGAAGUGGCUAGCAUCCUGGCCAUGCAU